CAGGAAGCUCAGAGAACAGGGAAGUGGAAAGCUCCGUUUACUUACUGAGAAUCGGGAUAAAUCCACAGAUACAGAGAGAGAGAGAGAGAGAGAGAGAGAGAGAGAGAAAGAGAGAAGAAAAGAGAGAGAAAAGAGGGGAAGGGAGAGAGAGGAGGAAUCAAGAAGAGAGAGCAAGACCGUGUGAGAGAUAGAAAGAUAUAGAGAAAGAUAGAAAGAAGAAGAGAGACAAGGAGAGAUAGAGAGCAAGAGAGAAGGAGAGAAAGAAAGACAGAACAGAGAGAGAGUGGAGAAGAGAGAGAGAGGGGUAGAUAAAAGAAGUAUAAGAGGAAUAAGGAAAAGGAGUCAAGAAGAGAGAGCAAUAUUGUGAGAGAGAUAGAAGGAUAGAGGGAACAGAGGGAGAGAGAAGGAGAUAGAGAAGGACAGAGCAAGAAGAAAAAUAUCAGAGAGAGAGAGAGGAAGAGAUAGACAGAACAGAGAGAGAAAGGAGGAGAGAGUGAAAGUGAGAGAAGGGGUCAAUUUGCGACAGAGAGAGAAAGAUAGAGAGAAGAAGAGUGACAAGAAGAGAUUGAAAAAACAGAACUGAGAGAAAGUGAGAGAGAAAGAGAGAGAAGGGCUUAAGAAGAGAGAGUGAGUUUGUGAUAGAGAUAAAAAGAUAGAGACAUAGAAGAGAGAGACAGAGAGAGAAAGUGAGACAGAGAGAGGUUGUAAAGGAGGAAGACUUGAGGGAAACAGGGAAGAGCGUGUGGAGUAACGUGGUGUGUAAAGGAGGAGGAGGACAGUAGAGGAAGAGAUGGAUCAUCUUCUGCUUUGAUGUUCAGACAGCAGAUGGCAGGGUAAAGGGAUGCUUCUCUCCAGCCUGUUCCUCAGUGCUACGCUGCGAGCGCUCACCGCACACCACUCGAGGCAGUGGCAGCUGCUUGGGACAGAAAUCUGAGAAGAGGAGGACAGAGCCGAAGAACCUCAGGGACUUAACCAAAGAAACACAUAUACACACACGGCACUUAACCUUGCAUCGCUUGCAUCCCAUUUGGCUGAAGGCACUUUGCUGGAAAGGACGUGUAAAAAGAGACACGCUACACCACACCGAUUAUGCGGGACACACACUGGAAAGCGGCACUAAAAGUAAACCCGAUAUAAGGACGCCAGGGGCAGCCUCCUUACUUCUGUACAUCAAAGUUUGAGACAAAAACUCCUGAGUUCAUGGAGUGCACAGUUCUUCAAGAAGCUUCUGCCAACUCUAUAGCCUGAGUGGGAGCCUGAGUCUGCGAGAGUUGCUUCCAUUCAGGGAGGCCCGGGGUACUGUUACACUGGCAGCCUCUGCUUAUGCAUGUUUUAUCUGCUGUGAGGGGAAACAGAGGCUUGCUUUGUUACCUAAUCCGUCCACUCCAUUGCCUGAGGCCUUACCGCAAGGAUCCUGCACCUCACACGCACCUGUAUCCCUCCGGCUUUACAUCCGUUCGGCCAGCCAUUUGGUUCUCUGUCACAGAAGAGUGAUAGGCACCUGUCCGUCAGUGGACCGGACAUUUCUGGGACUCAUUUCUAGGUCAAGAGUGCCUAGACUGUGUGGACCUAGAGUUACAGCAUCGUCAAACAACCUUCCUGCUGUGGACCUUGAGCAGUUGAGCAAGUGUCGACCAAAGCUUGUCUCGAGAAAGUCAUCCGGAUCAACAUUCUUAUGGACUUCAGCUUGGAGAACACUUCUCUGAGGAUGGUUGAGUAGCAGCAAAGCUUGAAAAAACUACCAUUCUGUAUUGAACUUUGAAGAUUUUGUGGUGUCUGUUCGGUUAUGGACUAGAGGUGGAUACACUUUUGGGAUGACUGCAAACAUUUGACAGAGAGUCUUUUUUUUCUCUCUGGAAACCUUGGAAAUCAAGAGACUGCUGACACACUAUGAAAUUUUUGUAGCUGAUCACCAGAAGUUACAGCUAAUUUAUCUUCUUACACAGUAAAACUUCAAAAGAAGACAUCUUCUGAGGAGUUUGAGGAAACUAUCGGCUUGCCUUUUCUUGAUUGACUCAAGCUAGUUUUCCAGCAACACAUUCUAGCAGUUUGACAGACAGUUUUUUACUCUAAAGAAGGAUUUUCUGGGAUUCAAAUCAAGAGAUUGCUUGGACAUUAUGGAUUUCUGACGAUAACCACCUAAGAUUUGCGCAAAGUAAUCUUCUCUCACAGUAGAGCUUAAAAAAAACAGUCACCUUUUGCAGAUCUUGAUGAUUUUGUAGGGAUUACCCGUCUUGUUUUGACCUGAUCGACUCAAGCAAAUUAUCUGGGAGCACAUUGUGGAGGUUUGACAGACAUUUGUUUUCUCUGAGACGUCCUGAUCCAAAGUAUUCCUGUCACAAAUCAACUGACUUGUCUUCAAUGAUUAGCCACCUUCUUGUAAAGAUCUUGUAAGAUUUUCUAGGCUCUCUUUAGGCUUCUUCUCUUGAUCGACCCAAACAAGUUAUCCAGGAGAAACUUCUAUAGGGUUUGGCAGACAGAUUUCAGUCUGGAUUCCCAAUUUAGGAUCUCUAUCUUCAUUGAUUUGCUCCUAAAGAUAUAGUACAUUGAUCACACAGUAGAACUUUAAAAGUAGACAACUUCUUGUGGAGCUUGAGGAUUUUGUAGUAUCUAGUCAGCUUGCCUUGUCCUGAUCAACCCAGGUAAUUCUGGUGGGUUUGACUGACUCUGACGACCCUAAUCCAGGAUAUUUCUGGGACAAAUCAAAUCAGGAAACCUGUCAUCAUUGAUCUUUGAUUAGUUCCUAAAGGUAAUUUAAAGUGAUCACAUCGCACAGUGGAGCUUUAAAAGCAGCUGUCUUAUUGUUGACGUUGUAGGUCAGCCACUUGCUGGAUUGACCGAAGCAAAUUAUCUGGAAAUCUUCUUGUCUGGAGACGAUUUGCUGACACGUUCACAAUUUGAGGGACUACUUAGAUUAUGCAGAUGUUUUUACAUUUCCACCUAAGAUUGCAGAAAAGUGAGAAUCUAAUAUUAAAUAGAUUUUGACGAGUUUGACGGUACCAGCUGAAUUACCCCAAGCAACUUUUCUGGAUACACAUUCUAGAGAAUUUAGGCAGCUCUCAAGGUGCUCUUCUUCUCUGUAGACCGUUUAUUUGGAUCCCUCACAAUUGACACCACGUCCUCUCUUCCCUUUUUGCCCAUCCUGUCGAGUAACUCCUAUCCACAGAAGGUCAGGUUGACAGCGACUUGCGAUCGGUGGUGGUGGGCGCGGAAGUUCUGGAGCAUGACGGACACUCUUCGGCUGCCGUCGCUCCAAGUUCACGUCCCACAGGACGAUCCGGGCCCGAGUGAUAAUGGGGGUACGAGUGACAAGAGCAACCAAGAUGGCCUGGCUUGGUCCAGCUCAUCCACGCCCACCCUCCGGCGGCGUCGCUUCAAGAUGCGGCGCACCAAGAAGGUCCCCAGUGAACGGGAACGGUUGGAGAAUGGGCUGCUGAGGCACCCCGGGUCUCGAUCUGCCUCUAAGGAGUACUUGCAGCUGCCAUCUAUUGAGAUCACGCCCUCCAGCGAUGAAGACCUGCCCUGGUCCAACUGCUCCACGCCUAGUGCAUCGCCCAGACGAAAGAGAUUCUUGCUUCGCAAGUGGUUGAAGGUUCGAGAGAAGAAGGAGAUUGGCAGUGAGAGCAGCAGCCAGCAGAGCAGUCAGCAGAGCAGCCAGCAGAGUAGCCAUGACGAUGACUCCGCCCGCUUCCUGACUCCGUUUAUCCGCGAGGACAGGACUGACAGUGGAACCGACAAGUUCAGCACUGCCAGUAACUCGAACCGGAGCAGUCCCGCUUGCUCUCCGGUGUUACGGAAACGCUGUCGCUCGCCCACGGUGCAAAGUCUGGAGGGAGAGAACAUGGUGGAGAAGGGCUCAGAGCAGUCGGACACGUCCAAGUCCCCGUCCACCCCGGAGCAGCUGGUCACCCGCUCUUACUCUGUACAAUCAUCCCGCAGCUCCAAAAACUCCAAGUCUCACAAGCGACUGUCCAAAAAAAGCCAGAGCUGGUACAACGUUCUCAGCCCCACCUACAAGCAGCGAAAUGAAGACUUUAGGAAGCUCUUCAAGCAGCUCCCCGACACAGAGCGCCUCAUCGUGGACUACUCCUGUGCUCUGCAGAGAGACAUCCUCCUGCAGGGUCGACUCUACCUCUCCGAGAACUGGAUCUGCUUCUACAGCAACAUCUUCCGCUGGGAGACACUGCUGACAGUGCGUUUAAAGGACAUCUGCUCCAUGACGAAAGAAAAGACAGCACGUCUCAUCCCCAAUGCCAUCCAGGUGUGCACGGACACUGAGAAGCACUUUUUCACGUCGUUCGGGGCGAGGGACAGGACGUACAUGAUGAUGUUCAGACUCUGGCAAAAUGCCCUGCUAGAGAAGCCGCUGUGUCCUAAGGAGCUGUGGCACUUUGUCCAUCAGUGUUAUGGUAAUGAGCUUGGGCUGACCAGCGAUGACGAGGACUACGUCCCCCCUGACGACGACUUCAACACCAUGGGGUACUGUGAGGAAAUCCCAGCGGAGGAGAACGAGGUCAGUAAUGAUAACUCGUCCAAGAGCAGCGGAGAGAAUAAACCGGACAGCAGCCCCCCAUCCCAUAAACGAUCCAUCACACACUCCACCCUCAACUCCACCACCCCACCCAGCAGCACCGACCUGCCACUGUCUUUUGACCUCGCUCCUGAGGAGUACACAGACUGCCUUGCUGACAGUGAGCUGCUGCCGCUGCCCCUGCUGGCGGAGGAGGAGAGGAACUGCGAGGCAGUCGCAGGUCAGCUGAGUCCAGUGCCCUCACCAUCACUCGACUUCAACGAUAAUGAGGAUAUACCCACUGAGCUCAGCGACUCCUCAGACACACACGACGAGGAAGUGGAAGUCCAGGCAUUCCAUGAAGAUUUGAACGGUCGUCAGUACAUUAAUGAGGUGUAUAAGUUCAGUGUGGAUAAGAUGUACUCCUUCCUCUUUACUGAGUCGCAGUUCAUGUCUGACUUCAUGGUGCAGAGGAGAUUUUCAGAUGUGGUGUUUCACCCGUGGAAGAAGGAGGAUGCAGGGAAUCAGACGAGGGAGAUCAUGUACACAAUCUCCCUGUCCAACCCACUCGCACCCAAAACAGCCACCGUCAGUGAGACUCAGACCCUGUACAAGGCCAGUCAGGAGAGCGAGUGUUACAUCAUCGAUGCCGAGGUCGUCACUCACGAUGUCCCGUAUCACGACUACUUCUACACACUCAACCGCUACACGCUCACCCGCGUGGCCAAGAACAAGUGCCGGCUCAAGGUUUCCACAGAGCUGCGCUAUAGGAAGCAGCCGUGGGGGCUGGUGAAGGGUUUUAUUGAGAAGAACUUCUGGAGUGGACUGGAGGAGAAUUUCAGGAGUCUGGAGCUUGAGCUGGCGAAAGCAGAGGACGUUCUGUUAGAGACGCACCGGCCGUCUCCAAAAGCGAAAGCGCUAAAGAGCUCCACCCUCCGAAGGAGAAAAAGACCCCUCCCACAUCUGCGCACACCACACCUGGAGGAAACGCUCAGCCCCGUAACCACUCCCACCGACGAGGAGGUCAUCCAACGGAUAAAACAUGUGGCAGGCUCCACCCAAACGAGACAGACGCCUGAACACAGUGCUGCAGGCGGGCCUUUCUGCAGUAUCUCCAGAUUGCUGCUCAUUAUCAGUUUUGUGAUCUGCAUAAGUCUGGUGCUGCUGGUGUUUCUGAAUAUGAUGCUGUUCUAUAAGCUGUGGAUGCUGGAGCAUUCUGCACAGAGCCUAAUGACCUGGCAGGGUCUACGCUUGGACAAAAGUAAAUUACCACAAACGCAGCUGGAGUGGGCUCAGCUCCUGGAGUCUCAGCAGCGCUUCCAUGAAGCUGAGCUGCAGAAAUGGAGAGAAAUCAUUAAGUCUUCUGUGCUGCUGCUGGACCAGAUGAAGGACUCGUUGCUGAGUCUGCAGAGGGGAGUGACUUUAAGAGACUUUGGCUCGGACUCGGACGACAAGAGUCACUACCACUGAGGAAGGAGCGUCACUUCCCCUCCAGGCCACCAGGGCACGCCGUGCAAUGUAGAGCCACGUGUUUGAGUGUGCGAGAGAGUGUGUUUGAGUGUGUAAGUGUGUGUGUGUCUCUGUAAACGUACAUCCCAGACCAGGACAGGCAUGAAAAAACACAGGGUCCAUCUGUGUGUGUGAGCUCAUGACUCUGCACUCCUGCCCGACGGAGGGAGGGAGGCAGGGAGGAAGAGGAAAAACAGCAGAGGAAGAGAGCGGGGGAUGGGUAACUGCCCAUCUGUCCAUCACAACAGAACGCCGAGCGCUUGGACCAGCCCUGAGCAUCAACAGACAGUCCAGGCUCGGCCUGCGGAGUCGUGAGAGCGUCCGUCCCUCCCCCUGCCUGCCGUCGCCUGAAGACACGGUAGCGGUCGCUACAAACCCAGGAAAGCCAUGGUUUAAAAGAAGUGGAAUGACGUCACAGAGAAAAGAAGGUUAUUUAAGGGUUAUUUUAUGGUUUCUUUUGAGAUUCCUCCUAAUCCAUCUUUGGAGUGAUGUGGUUUGAAGCGAUGUGUUUUUAUCUUAUGAAUUAGGACGCAGGAAACGAAAUGAUGUCUUCUUUUAGUCUCUCUUUUAAGGCUUUCUCACUGUAAGGCUGCAGUGUCCCAAUUUAUAUCACGUGGUCUUCGACCAAAAGGCUUCUUGUGGGGUUCGCAAGGUUGUCCAGUAGAUGCAGAAUCCAUUGUGCUGAACGAUGGUCUGGGAUUGACCAAGAACAACAGAAAGCAAUGACAUAAUAGGUAAAAGUGCCUUGAAUCUUUAACCAAUCACAUAAAUUAAAUCUCUUCUGGAGCAACAUGAUCCAGAGCUACAUACAUUGAGUUAAAUACCACUCAAGGGUGCUUUAUCUAAACAUAACACAGGAAAUUUGAUGUUUGGUAGAUCAUGGCUUUGUUGAGCUGAGUAUAUGGGUUGCGUCCAUUAAAAAAUGUGCUAAAAAAAGCUUAUUUUGCUAUUGACACUUGUUUCAAGCUUCUGGUACCCCCAAGUUGGUACCUGUUGAGCACCUUGUGAGCAUGGGCUCUUCUACAGUGGUCAGUUUGUGUCUAGCUGCUCCAAGAAUCAGCAUGUCUCUAACUGAUCUGGAUAGGACCUGUGUGAUAGAGCAACUUCACGCUUGUGUUGCCUCAUUUUUUUGGCCCUAGUUCUAGUAUCUCCAAAUUGAAGGCCAAGUUCCAUUUAACAGUGGAUGUUAGAGACAAGCCAUGAAGUGGGCGUCACAAGAAGACGACAAAGAACAUCGAAUUAAUAGCAAAGAAGAUCUGACAUUUUGUUUUUAGGAUUCAACCCAUAUACUCAGCUCUGAUACUCUUGAUACCUAACAAAUGUGGCUCCAUUUAAAAAGAGAAAUGAACAAGCUUUGCAAUGGUAUAAGAUUUAUCAAGAAGUCAUCUACCAAACCCAUAUUUCCUUACUUUUUGUGCGAUGUUUAGAAUGACCCCUAAAGUCUUGAUGUGAACUGAAUUUGGCAGGAAGAAACCUGUUGAAGGCCAACGCAGAAGGGUUAUUCUUUAUUUUUAGUAGAAUACGGCAAGGGCUUGCUGGCGAUUGGUCCAGAAUGGUGGAAUUUAGGAAUGCAGAGCAAUGUAAGGUUGAGUUGAGCCAUUGAAAUGUAUGUAUCGAUCAGCCAUAACAUACAGCAUCACUGAAAAGUAAAGUGAGGCCACUUUAAGCCACUUUAAGAAAGGUUAAACUUUAAUGGCUGUACACAACCAGGUUCAGAACCUCUCCAAAACAUCAGGAAGGGUUGCUUGGGUCAGUACAUAGCAAAAGCGCCCCAAGAAAGACAGCCACUGCACUGGCGACAGGGUCAUGGGCUGCUAAAGCUAGAUUCACAUACAUUUUACAAUGAUUUCAAUCGUUUUACUCAGCCUGUAGCUCAAACUCGCAGUGUUUCAAAAAGUUCGCAGCUCACAGUGAUUCAUGUUUUCUUACACUAUACCACCCGAUGCUGUGAUACCACAUAUAUAUACUUGCACUGUACAUCCAUACAAGACAAAUCAGACAUUUUUUUCUGGAACUGCAAUGGAAAAAGAAGCAAAAGAAGUAGAACAUACAUCAGCUGAUCAUAAGCUGGUCGUGAGGUGUUAAUUGCUUCUUGUUUCCCAUAACCUGAUCCCAAAAUUAGGCACUAAAAUCAUACAGUCUUAACUUAAGGCUCUUUGAUUUGAGCCUACAAGUCAUAAGAGAUAACAGCUAUUAACAUCUAGUCUUGUCUCGCCUUGUCGUGUCUUGUCUGGUCUUGUCUUGUCGUGUCAGACACCACAGAACAUCUUCGAAAGUUUCGUAGAUUCCUUUCUUCAAAUGAUCAGAUCUGUUAUGGUGUCACAACAAGGAACAGCUGUACUCAAAAUUAGGCAGCUAAUAUUGCUAAUGUUAUGGCUGAUUGGUGUAUUGAACAAGAGAUCUUGUUACUGCAAGAUAUCCCAACAAUGAUGGAAUCACAUUGUCAUGUCAUAGGAUAGCAGUAUGUAAUGUAAAUUGAUGGUGAAGUGUUACCUCGGGGGAGAGCUGAGGGCCUAUGGUAAGACAACGUGAAUUAUGGGAGUUGGAAGUGGAGUAAAAAGCCUGAUAUUUGGCACCAGAUGGACGGGAUAUUCAAUAUUUUCUAAGUUUUGCAACUAUUAAACAUUUCUCAAGCCGUGUAUUAGGAAUACAUACAUCAUAUAAGGCAUUACCACCCACAGUGGACAGUGUAGUGUACAGUGGGUGGUAAUGAUCGUGAAUGGCAGUGUCUGGCUCAAACUGUCCAUGCAAACAGACCAGCAAUUCCAUUCACAUUCAAUAGAGCAGACCCCAGUCACAUAUCCCACAGGUCAAUUCAGCAAUCAUUAAAUUAGUGUUAAUGGAGCAUAAUAUUACUGUAUUGUGCCUUUCCAACCCCACACUAAUCAGACUGUACUGUCCGAAUGAGUCAGAUAUUAAAUCAUCUGUGCUAUUAAAUUAUAUAAAAUUAUAACUGGCUCUUUUGACACUUUUGUGUAUCUAAAUAUCAUUCAGUCCUGAUUGUUUUGGCCUCCACCCACAAUGUGCAUUGUUAUCACCUACGCUUAUUGUAAAACAGCAGCCAAAACUAGUGGUCAGCUUUGAAUGGAACCCAGAAAUCUACUUAUUCGCGUGGGAGUGUAAACAGAAAGUGUAUUUAUGAUAAAAAAAAGAAAGAGGGAGACUGCAGCCAGACAGCUGAGAAAGCCUUUCGUUUUUUUGAAUACGACAGUGUUUGCUUACGAAACUGUGAUUUUCUUUCUCUUGAAAAUGAAAACGGAACCGCGGACAGAUGAUAUGAAUAUAUAUGGAAUAUAUAGUUUAUUGUGAAAUUGAAUAUAUAUUUCAAUAUAUUUAUAUAAAAGAGUAUGUAUAUAUAUAUAUAGUUAUUGUAGAUAUUUAUUGUUAAUUUAUCGAUGUGAGGAAUUUAUCAGCUCUAAAGUGAAGGAGAGAGAAUUUCUAAUUUCUAUCUUCUGCGUCGCACCUGCACGCGUCUGUGACGUGUGUGUGUGUGUGUGUGUGUGUGUGUGUGUGUGCGCGUGUGUGUGCGCAAGCAGAAAAUGAGUAAUGUGUGUGUGUGUGUGUGUGUGUGUGUGUGUUUCUGUGUAAGUAAGUGGUUUCAGAACCAUUCCACCCUGUUUUCUGUGUCUGGUGUUCAGAGCCAGACUGCCUUUCCCUUAUCUUCUCAAUCUGCCAGCUCCCGCGUUUACAGCUCAGUCUGGCUCCACUCAGCCAGCUGUACAUGUCGAUAAGAAGUCCUAUUCGCAACCAAUUAUAUAGAAGCGGUUCAUUUAUACAUAAUUGUGAACAGGUUGUAUGCACCAACAGCUGAUUACUGUAGUACUAAUAGCGCUCCCUCGUGGAGGAGCCUGCUAAAGGUAAGCGAGCGAGUGAAAUAUGAAACAAUACAAAUACUACAGUCCAAUUUUCCCAACUUAUUUCUCCUUUUUCUGCUCAGAUUAUUAUAUUUUCAGUUAUUUUGGGCUAAGCAGAUCACAUGACCUAAGCACUGAUAGAGCUGAAACAUAAUAGAGAAGUCGUAGAUUUAGUUUAAUCACAUAACAGCUUCACAUAACAUCAAAUGUAUGCUGACCAGCCAUUUCUUUAACACCACCUUCUUGUUUCUACACCUUUUAUCAUAUAUUUCCAGCUCCACUGGGUGGUCCAAAUAUAGGAGCAAAUUUCUGAAUACUUGAUUAUCCUUCUUUUACCCUGUACUAUAGUAUUCAGGACCUCACAGGACCACCACAGAGCAGCUAUUAUUUAAGUGGUGGGACAUUCAUUCUCAGUGGUUCAGACGCAGCAGUGCUGCUGGAGUUUUUAAACACCUCAGUGUCAUUGCUGGAAUGAGAAUAAUCCAUUAACCAGAAAAACCCAGCCAACAGUGUCCUGUGGGCAGCGUCCUGUGGGCACGGGUCAAAAGAAUGAGCAAACAAACUGAUACAGAGCUUCUAGACGUGCCUGACUUAACAUUUACGAGGUAGACAGUGACAGAAGGCCCUAUCGUACACCCUGUGCAAGGCGUGUCACGAUGCUUAUUGCUAUCUUACACCCAAUCAACAGUCUGUUUUUACACCUAGUUUAAGUAGUGCGGCACUCGUGAAUAUAUCUGCACCGAUAUGCAGCGUGUUUUUCUGGCAUAUUCAUAUCUUGACUGAUUUGAUCAACAGUCGACAGUGAGGCGUUCAUUGCUAAUUUGGCAACCCAGGUGUGCCACACGUGCCCAGAGUGCACAUACCCACCUUUUACAUCAACAAUAAACAGAAUACAAAAUAAAAUAAAAUUGCUGUUCCUGUAAAUGCCCUGAUCGCACACCUUUACAGGGUAAACGUACAGGUCAGUUUCCUAUGCUGAGAAGCGCAAAAGUGCUGCGCUGUUAAAAUAGCAAUCUGCCGAAGUCAGAGGACACCUGGCUCUUAAAGAGAAUGGCAAUCGACACGCUGAUUGGUUUAUUUCACGUUGCAAAUAAACCAAAACACACCCAUAAUUAAUUACGGGAAUUAGUUCAUGCCUUUUGCCUGUUUGGAGCUGUGCAAGGUGUACUUUUCCUGUCGUUACGAUAGCGAAGACACACUGAUGCACCCUAAAUCAAGCUGUUGAUUGUUAAAAUAGGGCCCACAGUCUAUAAAAAUCUCCAGCAGCAUAUAAUACUGUACCUGAUCUGUGGUGGUGAUAUUUCUUGUGGAGUACUCUGACCAACCAUCAGAUUAAGACAGUGAGUGUAGAAACCAGAAGGUGGUGUAAAGUUGUGCCUAAACUGGGCAGAUUUGAAAUAUUGGUCCAUCUGGUUGAGUUAUCUGCCAGUGCAUACAGUAUACCAUUCCAAUAGUAAUUCAUAGUGAAUGCCUAAAAUGAAUAAAGAUAUAUUUAUGCUAGCUGUAAACUCCUAAAAUCUGAUUGGAUUAACAGGAAAUUUUUGGGGGAAUUUCCUGCAAGCUUAUGGUUUUGUUUCGGCAGCCCCUGUUGAGAUGUGGAGGUAUGAAACGAGACGUUUUGCACACGUGAAGACGACGGCGAUAAUGAUGGUAAAAGCAAAGGGCAGUUAACUUGUAAAGCCUGAACCAAAUAUAGUGUUUCUAAACGUUCCACUGAUGUUCACGUGCGGAUGCAAAAGACCACUGGAGUGGUCAGUGUAGGAAUUGCAUGUGCGAAAUGGAAACAAAGGAGACAAAAAAAAAGCACUUUACGUACCGAAGGAGAGACUCCGAGCCUGAGAUUACGGCUCAACGGCGCUGUGUGUGUGUGUUAGAAGUGUGAGUUGCAGAGGAAAGUAUUUUGUGUGUAUUUAAUGUCACAAGCUGGAAACAUGAAAGAAGAAUGUAACGACUGAAAUGACAUUGGAUCUGAUUUUACAGUGGUAUCGAUCACUCCAGCACUUGGUUGCAGUUGGUUGCAGAAGGUGUGAAUCAGAGUUACUUAGCUUGAUUAUUUUUUGUUUGUUUUUUUGUAGUUUGUUUUUUUAUUGUAGUUUUUUUUGGUGUGAAUCUCUCAUGUAGUUUGAUCUCUACUGAAUCGACUGAAACCUGGGGCCUCAUUUAUAUAAGAAUGUGCAUGAAUUGAAUUCUAAAAAUAGAUAGGUGCUGCAUAGAGUUGACUACUUGUAGUUGUUUUGUCUGAUCCAUAUUGGUUCACCUUAGUUGGGGGAAAACAACUCUGGGUCUUUGGUUAUCAAAUAGACCUGUCCAGGUGGCAAAGCUAAAAAAGCAAAUACAAAAAGAAUGUCCUGUGUUCUGGACUAGUGCAUAUUUCUGUAUAGUUUUUUUAAAAACCUUUUCAUUAGGACUCCUCCUAUCACUAGUGAUGCUCCAACACCAGGUGGGUGAAGCUAGCACAUGCCUCCUCCGAUACAUGUGAAGUCAGCCACCGACUGUUUUUGAACUGCUGCUGAUGCAGCAUUACCGAGUAGCAUCACAGCACGUUUGCAGGAAAGCACAGUGACUCGGUUACGAUACAUCAGCUCACAGACGCCAGUGUGCUGAUCAGCAUCACCCCUUUGGAGUGAUGUGGGAAGAGAGCACCAUCUACUGUACACACCCAGAGAGAGCAAGGCCAAUUGUGCUCUCUCUGGACUCCGGUAGACGAUGGCAAGCUACAUGAACAGGAUUUGAAUCAGCGAUCUUCUGAUCAUAGUGGCAACGCCUUAGUCCACUGGACCACUCAGAGCCAUUUCUGUAUAGUAUAUCAUGGAGCAGCAGCAGAGAUUGCAUUAGUUCAUAGCUGUAGUAAUAAUCUAGGUAAUAUACCAGCUUUAACUACACAUGAGUCUGGAUUAAAGGAACAGAGUUUUCAAAGGAGGUGGUCUCGGUCUGGAUCUAGUAGUACUUUUCUAGAUAGUUUGCAAUAAUGUUAAUUAUUCCCCUCACUACACUGCCUGGCCAAAUAAAAAAACAAGUCUCCACCUGGGUUUAAGUAAGUAAAUGAUGUGGGGUUGAUGCUGCAGUUGGUCUGCAGGUCUAGGUUCAGCAACAGUAUGUGCUGAAAGAAUGAGGUCAGCUGACUACCUAAAUAUACUGAAUAUAGACCAGGUUAUUCCAACAAUGAUAAAUUUUUGUUCUUCCCUGAUAACAUGGGCAUAUUCUAAGAUGACAAUGCCAAGAUUCACCAGGCUGAAUUUUUGGAUAAAUACUUUACUGGUAUUGUUUUUGACAGAUCUUCUUCACUACAUCUUAAAAGCCCAUAUACAGAAACUGCUGCUAUUAAAUGUUAGUAUAUCAAGUCAAAAAAUUACAGAUCCCAUACAGCUGACAAUUCUAGGCCAAAUUCCGGUCACUUAUGGGUCAGUUAUGACAAUGACAAAGUGUAAUAUGGUCUAGUGCUGGCCCGGCAGCAGCCAGCUGUGCUUGUUUCACUGCAGAAAGAUUAAGACAAAUUUAUUGGUGUCGUUGCACAGCUGGAUGGAAACAUUCAGAGUGGUCCAGAACCAGGUCAUAACUUGUUGGUUUUCUAUCAGGAAAUUUGUGUGUUAUAAAAGAUAACCCAGUUGUGAUUCUUCAUAUUUGUUAAUAAGCAUGUUAUAAAUGAGGCCCUGGGCUGUUCCUCCACUGGUGUGCUUUGCUUUGUAAUUUAAUGACCUGCUGAUGAUUUUAUUGUUUUUUUUGGGUUUUUUUUUUUCAGAAGUUUGAGGUGUUCCUCUUCCACUUUUAUUUUGUACUGUAUUUGGCGUGUAUUUUUUUUUUUUUUUUUUCAAGCUGUUGAAUGGAAAAAAAAACAGACUGCUUGUGUGCACUGAGGAUUAUGGAGUUACUGAAGAUUCUGUUAUGGUUUUAUUUUUUAUUUUUCAUUUAUCAGAUUUUCUGCAAUUCAAAUCGGUCAGUUCCAAAUUGCAUUCAGAUUCUUCCUUGGAGUUUGUUUGUGUGUGUAAGUGUGUGUGUAAAUGUGUGUAUGUGUGUGUAAGUGUGCAUAUGUUUUACGUCUGUAUGAAGCAGAUUGUUAUGUUUUUUUGUUUUUUAUGGACCAUGCCUCAUCUUGAACAGUUCUGAAGAAGAAAAAAAAAAGAAAAGAAGAGAAAUAUAUUUUGUGUCAAUAA